AUGAGGCAGAUAAGGAAGGUAUUGACAAUGUUGAUGUUGGGGGUGGUUGUUAUAAUGAUUGUUGCAUACUUUGUUGACCGUUAUGGAGCCAUUCGACAAAUGAAAUUUAUCCAUGAAGCGGAAAAAAAUUUUGAAGAGAAUUACAGAAAGACAAAGUUGAAUGUGCAUCUACCCCCACGGAACAAAGGUCGCCCGAAUUUACGAAGUUACGAUCACAGAUCCUGGCCACAAACCGGCACUCCAUACAUAAUAGACAAGCUGCUACGAAACAAAACUAACGGCUUCUUCAUUGAAUGUGGUGCCGCCGAUGGAGAAACGCAAUCCAACACACUCUUCUUCGAAGUUCUCCGGAAUUGGACAGGUUUGUUGAUCGAAGCUAACGACGAAUCCUUCGCUACACUGUUGACAAAAAACAGAAACGUCUACGCUUAUCAUGGCUGUUUAUCAACCAGUAAAAUAGUUGCAGAUUACCAGUUUGUUCCGAUAUUUUUGGUAGGUGGUAUUGGAAAAUCGUAUGAUAAGACACAUCCGAAAAACUGGAAUAAAGCCCAAACCAAAGAGUGCAUACCUUUAAGUUAUCUUUUCCAUCAUUUGAACAUCACUCAUGUUGACUAUUUCUCUCUGGAUACUGAAGGAUCUGAACUGGAAAUUCUGAAGACGUUAGAUUUUAACGAAGUUCGCAUCGAUAUUUUGGGAGUUGAGUAUGCCAUUUUUUUGGGAGACGAGGCCGAAAUGGAAGAGAAACGUCAGAGAUUAGUAAAAUUUUUCGAAGAAACUAACCUUUAUUACCGUACUAAUAUUUCGCACUCUCAAGAUGAGUUUUUCUAUAGAAAAGACUUUAACAUUGGGAAUUAA